AAAAUAAUGCGUUGAAAAUAGAAAACUACGUGGUGAAAUCUGAAUUAAGCAAUUUAAAAGCAAAAUACACAGUCUUGGAAAAGGAAAAUAGCCAUUUAAAAGAAAAGUACGAAUUACAAGAAAUAGGAUUCAGAAAAACAAUCAAAGACCUCGAAAACACAAUCAAAGGCUUUGAAGCAGAACUUAGAAAUAACGAAAUAAAGUUUAAAGCAGAACACAAAAACAAUUGGAAAAAUAAGAUCAACAAGAUAAUUGAAGAUUGUGACCAGUUAAUACAUACAAUAAAUGAUUUACGAAAAAGGGAAAAAGAACUAAGAAAAAAGUUUGAAAAGGAGAAACAAGAACUUCAAAAUCAAGUAUACGAUCUACAAGAAGAAAAAAUAAAGGAAAUA